UCAUGGCUAAGACCACUCCCCUUUCCAAGGUAUAGAAGGGCCUGUGACUCUCCUUUCCCUCCAAACCAAACCAGGCAGAACAAAGAGUAUUGAUUGACAGUCAUCAGCUUGUUCUUCUCCUCUGUGUCAGUCAAUCACCACCUCAGCAAAGAUGACGUCAGUUUUUCCGUUUGCUUUGUUGCUCUGUUUGUCCAGCGGACUGUUGACUGCAUAUGGUCAAGCUUCCUGCCCUCCUGAUUGGAGACAGUUUGGCUCUCACUGUUUCAGUUUCAUCAUCGGGCCAAAGACCUGGCCCGAUGCAGAGACCUUCUGCCAGACCGCUGGUGGGAAUCUGGCUUCCAUCCACUCAGCUGAGGAACAUACAUUCAUCAGAAACUACAUUAAGGAAGUGAUCGGUACAGACAAAUAUACCUGGAUCGGAGGUAGUGACGCAGUGAAGGAGGGUACGUGGAUGUGGACUGAUGGAUCCAAAUUCAACUACAAAAGCUGGGGUGUGGGGGAGCCUAACCAUGCCGGUGGAGCGGAGAACUGUCUUGUGAUUAACUGGGGUGGAGGAAACAACUGGAAUGACUGGGCUUGUACUAUCCCGAAUUCUUUCGUGUGCUCCAAGAACCUGUGUGUGUAACUCUAACACACCAUCAUGAUGCCUCCACAGCUCAUCUCUAUCAUUGAUUCACUUUCAGUUUGUUCGGCAGACAGAAACAGCUCUCUGCUGACAGAUGACUCACUUUCACUUGUUUAUUAUCUGAAGAAUUAGGGAACAGUUCACAUUUGGGAUUUAAAAUUAGACAGAAACUGGCUCACUGAGCUGGACAAAACCAAAUCAGUAAUCUAUAGUAAAUAACACAAAAUGAAAUACAGAAAACAUUUGAAUACUCCUGAUAUUUUCAAUUUUAGUUUACUCAAUAUAACCUGUUAGAAACAGCACCCACUCAUCUGAUAAAUCUCUGAGAGUUAUUGUUCAGAUAAAUACAACUCUCGUGUGUACGCUAAAUAUGAAGUUCCCUCAAGCAGACAUUAUCUUAGCUUAGCAUAAAGACUGGUAAUGGGCAGAAACAGCUAGCAUAGUUUAGGAUGAAGACU